CCCAGAAUAGACAGAAUCCUUGGAUACUGAAAGUAAAGAAACUAAAGAAUUACAUAAAGCUAGAUAGAGCUGAUCUGUUUUGGACUCAAUGGUCCAAGGAUGACGGAAGCAUAGCCUUUAAGUCUUUCAUCCCUGUCUAUUUAAGCCAAAACCCCAUGAACUAAAACUCCAAGGAAGGAAUAGCUGUUUUUCAUCGCCACAGCCAGUACUUGAGCCUUCAAUUACAGUGAACUCUAAUAACACACUACUCUCUCUGUCUCUCUCGUCCAGAGAGAUCGAUGGGUGCUGCAAAUGCACAAAACGAUAACGGUCCCAACCUACAAGCCAAAACACUUGCAGAUUUCGACCCUCCGAAGAAACCAAAACGAAACAAGUAUGCUCUUGCUUAUGCAACACUCGCUUCCAUGACUUCAGUCCUCCUUGGUUAUGAUAUUGGAGUGAUGAGUGGAGCGUGUAUCUUCAUCAAAGACGACCUCAAAAUCAACGACACCCAAGUUGAAAUCCUCGCUGGUGUACUCAACUUGUACUCUAUACUUGGCUCCGCCGCCGCCGGUAGAACCUCCGACUGGAUCGGCCGCCGGUACACCAUAGUUAUUGCCUGCGCUAUCUGCUUCGUCGGAGCUCUCCUCAUGGGGUUCGCCACGAACUACGCCUUCCUCAUGGUUGGCCGCUUCGUCGCCGGAGUCGGAGUCGGCUACGCACUCAUGAUUGCCUCCGUCUACACCGCCGAGGUCUCUCCCGCUUCCAUUCGCGGCUUCCUCACCUCAUUUCCGGAGGUUUACAUAAAUACUGGGAUAUUGCUUGGCUAUGUAUCCAAUUACGCCUUCUCGAAGCUGCCGACGAACCUGGGAUGGCGAUUCAUGCUCGGCGUAGGUGCCAUUCCGUCUGUUUUCAUCGCCAUAGGAGUGCUCGCCAUGCCGGAGUCUCCGAGGUGGCUGGUGAUGCAAGGACGACUCGGCGAUGCAAAGCGAGUUCUCGACAAAACAUCCGAUACACCAGAAGAAGCACAAUUGAGAUUAGCUGAUAUAAAAGAAGCAGCCGGUAUUCCACAAGACCAAAACGACGACGUCGUACAAGUCCAGAAGCGAAGUCAUGGAGAAGACGUGUGGAAAGAAUUGCUCCUCCGCCCUACCCCAGCCGUCCGUCACAUCCUGAUCGCAGGUUUCGGUAUUCACUUCUUCCAACAAGCGUCUGGUAUAGACGCGGUUGUACUGUAUAGUCCCCGUAUCUUCGAAAAAUCCGGUAUCACAUCGUCCGAUACGAAGCUACUCUGCACCGUAGCCGUUGGAUUGACCAAGACAAUGUUCAUCUUGGUAGCCACGUUCUUGCUUGAUAAAAUCGGACGGCGCCCGUUGCUUCUCAGCAGCGUCGGUGGGAUGAUUUUGUCGCUAGCAACGCUCGGGUUCAGCCUCACGAUCAUCGAUCACAAUAAAGAAAGAGUAUUGUGGGCCGUCGGAUUGGCUCUCGCAACGGUGUUAUCCUUCGUCUCGUUCUUCUCGAUUGGGAUGGGACCCAUCACGGGCGUUUACAAUUCAGAGAUUUUCCCGUUGAAGCUACGCGCGCAAGGGACGAGUAUGGGAGUGGCAGUGAAUAGAGUGACGAGUGGGGUCCUGUCAAUGACAUUUAUAUCCUUGUAUAAAGCGAUAUCGAUUGGUGGGGCCUUCUUUCUGUUCGCGGGAAUUGCAACGGUGGCUUGGUUCUUCUUCUUCUUCUGUUUGCCUGAAACGCAGGGGAGGACGCUUGAGGACAUGGAAGGGUUGUUUGGUAAAAUUGUAAAAUGGAGACCUAUUAUCAUGGACAAGAAUAACAAGAACCAGACAAUUAAGAAAGAAAAUAACGGUCAGAUUCAGUUUGGAAAAAGGAAUCGAGGGUAGUUUGGUCAAUUUAUAUGUUCACAAUCACAAACGUUUUAAGAUAUUGUAAAAUGACAGGGGAAGGACCUUGAAGAGGUGGGACGAUGAAGAUAAAUUGACAAUUAGUGAGAGAAUGAAUAUAUAUAUUAAAGAUAUUGCAAAAACUCUCCUGUCUUCUUCUCUUCCUUCUGUAUCUACUCUUUUAUUAUAUGAUUCAAGUGCACCAGCAAGUUUAGCUUA